AUGUCACAGAGCCUCUACUGUGAUCAGCUCAUGAAGUUAGAUGAGCCUGUGAUAGACACGAAUAAAGCCCUCCCACAAGCCGAGAUGUUAGGUAUCAUAGAGGAACAGACCUUGGAACUGCAAAAGCUGAAGGCCGAAGUAAGUGCUCUCGGUGACCAGGUUGCUAAACCUAACGUCCUCAUGUUGAAGUCUCAGGUUCACUCGGCGGCUGAGCAAGCAAUCAAAGUCUUUGAGCAGCAAGUACUGGAUACAGCAAGAAUGGUACAAGCAGACGCAACUGCUUCGAAAAGGGUUAUCUCCUGGGGACAUUUAAAGAGCUCCUUAACCCCUCAGGAAAUGACAUAG